AUGGAGAGCAGAGCUGGGGCAGUGCCGGACCAGCAGGAUGUGGCCAUACCAGUCCUGGGGAGCCCUGAAGCCAAAGGGGUGGGCUGGAGGGUCCGGGACCCUGCCUGGGACGUGGCUGGCAACCCCAAGGAGCCCCAGCGGCCACUGGCCCACGAGUGUCUGGGCGAGACCCUGCGCAUCCUGCGCCAGGUGAUCACCAAGUACCCACUGCUCAACACCCUGGAGACCCUGACGGCCGCCGGGACCCUCAUCUCCAAAGUCAAGGGUUUCCAUUACGAAUCCAACCAUGAGACGGACAAGCGGGAGUUUGAGAAGGCAGUGGAGACCAUCGCGGUGUCCUUCAGCAGCACCGUGUCCGAGUUCCUCAUGGGGGAGGUGGACAGCAGCACCAUCCUCUCCAUCCCGCCUUCCCCAUUCCCACAGACCAUGGAGAGCCUCUACAGUGGGAUCCCCGGGCCUGGCGGGGAUGGGAUGCCUCCAGGCAUGGAGAGCUACGAUGCGGGCCGUUCUCCCCCCGAGGAGGUGGAUGUGAUGCUGCAGCGCUGUGAGGGGGGAGUGGACGCUGCCCUCCAGUAUGCGAAAAACAUCUCCAAGUACAUGAAGGACCUCAUCGGGUACCUGGAGAAAAGGACCAUGCUGGAGAUGGAGUUUGCCAAAGGGCUGCAGAAGAUGGCAAACAGCUGCAAGCAGACCCUCAGCCAGGAGACCAACAUGCCCUUCCUGUCCAUCUACCUGCUGGCGCUGGAGCAGGACAUGGAGCACGGGACAUCGAUGCUGCAGGCAGCCAGCACCCUGCAACACCAAACCUUCCUGCAGCCGCUGGCGCUGAGACGCCUUGAGCAUGAGAAGCGGAGGAAGGAGAUCAAGGAGCAGUGGCACCGGGCGCAGAGGAAGCUGCAAGAGGCGGAGGUGAACCUGCGCAAGGCCAAGCAGAUCUACAUGCAGCGCAGCGAGGAGCACGACAAGGCCAAGUACGUGGCAGUGAAAGCGGAAGAGGAGCAGCAGAGCACGGCCAGCGCCACCAAAACCCUGGACAAGAAGAGGCGGCUGGAGGAGGAGGCCAAGAACAAGGCAGAGGAGGCGAUGGCCACGUACCGGACCUGCGUGGCAGAUGCCAACACCCAGAAGCAGGAGCUGGAGGACACCAAGGUGAACUCCCUGCGGCAGAUCCAUGAAGUGAUCAAACAGAGCGACCAGGUCAUCAAGAUGGCCACCAUCUCUUUCUACCAGAUCAUGCACAUGCAGACGGCCCCGCUGCCCGUCAACUUCCAGACGCUGUGCGAGAGCAGCAAGCUGUACGACCCGGGGCAGCAAUACGCCUCCCACGUCCGGCAGCUGCAGCGCGGGGACGAGCCCGACACCCAAUACGACUUCGAGCCCUACGUGUCCCACAAUGCCUGGUCUCCCUUUGCUCGGACACGGAAAGGCAGCUUUAAUGCCAGCGACUUCCCUGCAGGCGCCGACGGGGCCGGGCUGCCCAAGGACGGGGUGGUUGCGGAGGCCAAGGAGCAAAGCGGGGCUGUGGCGGCCGAGCGCAGAGGUAAGGGACACCAGGUCCACAAAUCCUGGCCAACAUCCAUCACCGAAGCUGACAGCAGUCUGGAGUCAAGCGCAGGUGAAUUCAGCCCCAAGUUGCAGCGGUUGUCAUCCAAUGGCACUGCAUCCUCCAGUGAGGAGCUGGAGGAGAGGGACGAGAGCACCACCCCCUUCGAGCAGAGCAUCAAUGGGAUCCCCCCGGAGAUGGCGGCUCCCACUGGGCCUUUCCGAAACGUUGGCCUGUCCAGGGCUGCCCAGACCCAUCGGCUGAGGAAGCUGCGUGCCCCGUCCAAGUGCCGGGAGUGCAACAGCUACGUCUACUUCCAGGGAGCGGAGUGCGAGGAGUGCUGCCUGGCCUGCCACAAGAAGUGCCUGGAAACCCUGGCCAUCCAGUGCGGACACAAGAAGCUCCAGGGGAAGCUGCAGCUUUUCGGGCAAGACUUCACGAAGGCGUCACAGGGCAGCUCUGACGGCAUCCCCUUCAUUGUCAAGAAGUGCAUUUCCGAGAUUGAGAAGCGGGCGCUGAAAACCAAGGGCAUUUACCGGGUGAACGGCGUCAAGACCCGUGUGGAGAAGCUCUGCCAGGCCUUUGAGAAUGGGAAGGAGCUGGUGGAGCUGUCGCAGGCCUCCCCCCACGACAUCAGCAACGUCCUGAAGCUCUACUUGCGGCAGCUGCCGGAGCCCCUGAUGCCGUUCCGGCUGUACAAUGAGCUGAUGGGCCUGGCCAAGGAGAGCCUGCAGGGCGGCGAGGCCAAGGGCAAGAGCGGGAAGGGAGGCCCAGAACUGGCAGACAAAGGGGCCGACACGGACAAGGUGGUGCUGAACCUGGUGCUGAAGGUGAAGGAGCUGCUGAAGGAGCUUCCCCGGGAGAACAUGGCCACGCUGCAGUACCUCCUGCAGCACCUCAGGAGGAUCGUGGAAGUGGAGCAGGACAACAAGAUGACCUCGGGCAACCUGGGCAUCGUCUUUGGGCCAACGCUGAUGCGUCCGAGGCCAACAGACGCUACCAUUUCCCUGUCCUCGCUGGUCGAUUAUCCCCACCAAGCUCGCAUCAUCGAGGCGCUCAUCAUCUUCUACUCUACCAUCUUUGAGGACAAGGACAGCGCGGUGCUGGGCGAUGCGGGCAAGGAGGAGGGAGGCGGCAGCUCUGGCGUG